AUGCAAGCUCUGCGUCUGGCGCAUCCUCGAGCUGCUCUCCGCCGCCCUCUCGUCCGCACCCUCGCGGCGACCGCAGGUUCCCCGCCUGCAGGCGCAGCCUCCUCGUCACAAGCGGUCGUUCCCUUGUCCAACGUGGAGGCCCAGUGGGAGCGCCUCUCCUCCGACGAGCAGCUCGUCAUUCACCAGCAGCUCGAGGAGAUCCAGAAGAAGGACUGGAAGACCCUCUCCAUCGACGAGAAGAAGGCCGCGUACUACGUCGCGUUCGGUCCCCAUGGGCCCCGCACGCCCGUUAGCCCGCCUGGCGAGAGCCUGAAGGUCUUCCUGUACACCAUGGCUGGCAUUGCCACUAGCGGGGCUCUGUUCUACGCCACGAAAGCGCUUGCCGCGCCGCCGCCAAAGACCAUCACGAAGGAGUGGGAGGAGGCGAUGAACCAGCGCGCGAUCGAGCAGAAAAUGAACCCGAUUACUGGUAUCACAUCGGAGGGUUACAAGGGACCUACGUUCGUUCAGCACAAGUAG